AUGUAUUUCUUCGGAGAGCCUGGGUCCAGGCUGGGCAAGUGGUUGGGAUCAGUGACGCUGACAGCUCACACGCCGACUGUCGUUCCUGGAUACCUGAGUGAGGAGGACUUCGACAAGGUGUGCCAGAAGGCGGCAGAAGCGCCUGUCGAGCCGCCGCCUUCGGAGCGGAAGCGUCGAGGCUUCUUCCGCUGA